AUGUGUGGGGAGCUCUGGAGCUUGCUCCAGAGGCUCGACUGGGGAGUUCUGAAGGUGCUCGACGCAACUCAGGUCCUGGAUCUGACACAAUGGAUCGAGGAGCAGUGUCUCCGUGCACAAGAGACACUCAUGCUGCUUUGCUCGAGCGUUGUCAUGCCCAAGAAGUACAGGGAGGGGCUAAAUGAUCUACAGGUCUCCCUUGGCUGGGUUUCUCGGGACUGCGCCUUGGUCCUAGAACAGGCCAAGGGAGACCUGUAG